AUGAGAGAUAAGCAGCUAUUGUUUCGCUACCACGCUGCAUCAAAGACCCUAGGAUAUCGGGAGUACCAGAUCAUUAAUGCCACUUAUCUCGGAGAAGGAAGCACGCCAAUUCAGCCAAGAUUGCCACAAGCAACCAUCAUGAUGGCGAAACAAAUCAAGGGGCACGGUUACGAAUUCGGGAAAAAUUUGCAAGGAAUCGUCGCGCCAAUCGAAGCCCAGGAUAACCAAGGCACAUUUGGCCUAGGCCACCUGCUUCGUACGAAGCGGCGAUUAGCUUUGUCGAUUAACUCCACCUUUAGGAAUAAUAGUAGUUUGCAUAGCAUAAAAAGGAAUAGCGGAGGUAACCGAUUGGACUCAAUUACAUCGACCCUUGCAGCUUUUGAUAAUGUUUUCCCCUUCCAACCGGAUAGUCUUCUGGUAACUUUUGACACGAGGAAGGGCCUUUUGCGCGAAACGGAUCGCAAAUUGAGCCGGAUCAAUGAAGAAGUAAAAAGCCUCUCUUCUCGAGCUGUGGAAAAGGCCACCUUAUUCAAAAUGGGAUUACCAGGAUCCGCGGAGGAGCAAAAGAAAGAUAUUGCUCUAAUCCUGGAUAACGUCCUUGAUGAAUUGGACCUAUCCCAGCGCUUACGAAGAAUUCAACACUGGAAAAAGAAAGAGAUUAAUAAUACUAACAGUCUAUUUUUGGUGACGGCCUGUCCCCAACCUGCGCCUUCCUUCUUCGAACCUUUUGGUAUGUAUUGCCCCCUAACUAUAGAUCAGAUCCACCAGACGGAGAAACUUCAAUUCCGCACUGCUGCUGAGUCGUCGGACUUAUCCACCAAGGGAUUCGUGGAAUUUCUGUGGAUUGCGUUGGGGGAAAUCUACCAAAGCUAG